ACUGUGUGGUGAGGAGGUGUGCGGUUUAGGACGCAGCCAUUGGACUCAGAGUGAAAUGGGAGGGAGCCGAAAGUGCAAGGAGCCUCUCUCUCUCUCUCUCUCUCUCUCUCUCUAUCCUGGCAGCAUCUCUUCAGGACCGUGAAUGGCAGGACGAGGGCAGGCGUCUCACACAAUAACCUUUAGGACGCCCUGCGGGGGGAAAAGAAGAUUUCUGGGACUCUGAUUAUUCCUGUAGCGCUCGUCCAGUGGAUUUUCGGGUCACCGUGCAAAUUUUUUUUUAAAAAUAAAUAAAUAAAUAAAUAAAUAAGAAUCCCCCCCCGCGUGCGUUAUGGAGCGGCGGCGGCGGGCGUCUCUCGCGCUCGCGCUCAACUUGGCGGCGCUGCUGCUGGCCGCGUGCGCACUCAGCACGAGCUACUGGUGCGCGGGAAGCCGAAAAGUGCUGAAGCCGUUUUGCACCGGGCCGCUGCCUCUCAGCCACAGACACACACACUGCAUCCGAUACAACAGCUCCAGCGCUAACGACAGCCGCCAGGUGCAGUACGUGUGGGAGACCGGAGAGGACAAGUUUGUCCUGAGGAAGUUCCACAGCGGUAUAUGGCUGUCCUGCGAGCAGAAUAUCGACCUGAGCGGUGAGAACUGCAGAAGUUUCAUAUAUAUCCCCCCUCCACAUGAGAGAGGGGUCUUGUGGCUGUGCAUCGUUGCAGAAUGUCUUUACAUCCUGCUCCUGGCCACUGGUGGAAUCCUCAUGUCUAUCGAGGUCUGCCACUUUGGGAACGUCAUUGAUGGACUCAAACUCAAUGCCUUUGCCGCCAUAUUCACCGUUUUGUCAGGUCUUCUUGGCAUGGUAGCACACAUGAUGUACACAACAGCCUUUCAACUCACUGUAAGUCUGGGCCCUGAGGACUGGAAACCCCAAAGCUGGGAUUACAGCUGGUCUUACAUGUUGGCCUGGGGUUCUUUCACAGCAUGCAUGGCGUCCUCAGUGACUACCAUCAACAGAUACACAAAGACUAUCCUGGAGUUCAAGCACAAGCGGAGGAACAUGGAGAAGAACCUGAAGAUCAAGCAGCAGCUCCUGGAGUUGGAUUGCCCAGAGCAGAUGUGGGACAUGUAUAUCAGCUCGGUGCCCAGCACAGCCGAGGAGCUGCUUGAGCUGUCCAGUCCAAGCCGUAAGCUGUCCAACCACGACAUGGGCGAUCAGCAGGGGGAGGAGUACUGCUGAGGCUAGCCUGGGGCCUCGUUUACUAAACUGUGCAGAAAUUCCAUGCUAAAUGCUUGAGAAUUGGCAUUGGAAAUCACAGUGUUAGCCUGCUAUCCCGCUGGCGGGAUGACAUUCUCAUCGUCUUUAGAGCAUUACUGCUUUCGAAAAAUCUUUGAGUCAGAAGAUGCAGUUUGUUUCCUGUAAAAUGUGAUAUAUUGUGGGGUAUUUGAGAACUAUCUGUCGCUUCCUUUCAUCAAGCUGCUACAAAAUCUUUAGUAGUUGACCACACUGUAAAUAGAUUGUUUGUUUUUAUCUUUCAGCUUUGCCAUGUGACACCGCAGCCAAUCAGAGCAUCUUAUUCAGAAGCGUGACUCUAGGAGUUGCAUCACAGUGAAUCUGCCUGACAGGUGGAUUAUACAGUCUGUCUGCAACUUGCACGCAAGGUUCAACGUCUUAACGUAGUAGGGCACAAUGUUCAUUAAGCUUCAGGGCAAAAAUAUCCAGAGUUAUUCAACAGUAUAAACAUUUCUUUACAUGUAUUCACCUCUACAAAUCAUAGUCAAGCCCAAAUGUGAACAGUGCUCCUCUCCCACAGCCACUCCUCAGUGAUAUAUACAACAUAUCCUCCAGCUAAAGAAUCUGUUGCCUUCUGGUGAUUUUGUGUGCUUGUGCUGUUUAUAAAUGAGGCCCCAGGACAGGCCUUGAUUUUCUAACUAAACCUCCCCUGGCGUAUUGUAUGACCCGCUGCUGCUUGGCACUGCCACGUGCUCUUAAUGAACUAAAUCUGGCCUCAGAUUACAGUGAGGGCUUCAAGCCAGGACAGACUGUUAUCUGGCUUCUCUACAGAGUUUAAUCAAUGACUGUAUAUAGUGACUGGUUUUUAUGUAGUGUGUUGUAUUGUUGGCUGAAGGUGAUGCUGUGGUUAUUAAUUUUAUAUUCAAUAUAUGUAUUGAUGUUAUAUACAGAUAAGUGACAAAUUAAAGGAAAAAACAUUACAAAGUGAUUUAGUAAGGUGUUCAGCCAACAUGAGUCACCAGAAAAGCCUCAGUGCACCGUGGCACUGAUUCUCCAAGUCUCUGGAACAAUGCUGGAGAGAUGAACCCCAUUCUUACAAGGACAUUCCCUCAGCUGGUGUUUUGAUGACGGUGGAUGAGAGUGCUAACAUAUCAGUCCAAAAUCUCCCAUAGGUGUUCAUUUGGGAUGAGAUCUGGCGACUGUGAAGGCAAUAGCAUAUAAUCAUUUUCAUACUCAUCAAAUCAUUCAGUGAGCCCUAGUGUAGUGGGGAUUGGGGGAGGAGUUAUCCUUAAGGACAGUGCGCCCAUCAGGAUCGAAAUGUUUUAUCCUAGUAUAAAGGUGAUCAGUCAGAAGAACUUUGUAUUGAUUUGCAGUGACACUUCAGUCUAUGAGGACAAGUGGACCCAAAACCAUGCCAGCAAAAUAAAUACCCCUACAGCAAAACAGGGCCGGUUUUUCCUUUAAAUUGUCACCAGUCUAUUAGUUUAAGUAUAGUAUAUUAGCUCUGUCACUGGAAGAAUCAUCUCGUGUAAAAUAAGUACAACAACGUUUGCCGUAUAAUUAUUUAAUAUUGUGCUGUCUAUGGGGUUAUGUUUUUGUCUAUGUUUUGUUCAUGAUUUUUCUAGUCCUGGAUUUUCUGGUUUUCACUAAUUUGAAAUAUUACAUCUCUGUUUUGCAUCUCUAUAAAGAGACAUAGUGCAUUUGUUUAUGAUAUUGAUCAGGAUUCUGUUAAACCAAAGCAUGCUCAGAACUGAAUAUUCAUUUACAGUAAAUUUUCUGGGUUUAUAACCCUUAUGUGGGUCAAACUAAAUUUGUUCAGUAAUACAAGUAUCAUAUCAGUGUUGUGGCUAUUUUUCUACAAUAACUGGGGAUGGUAGUUAUUUAUUUGUAUUUAAUAUUACUACAUGUGUAAAAGUAAUGCUUUUGACAGAGUGCAGUCAUUCUAUUUCAAUGUAUCAACAUGUGGCUCUGCAAAGCUUUUAUAUAUUAUAUAGAGCCAUGCUCUCUGUGCAGAAGGGACGGCGUUACACUGUCCCCUGUCAAUCAGAGUGACAUGAACCAGUUAUAGGCGUCUUUAAGCUCGUGCAUGAUGAAGAGGGCAGUUACCGCUUUCCUCUGAGUGUGUUACACUGUGCUGUAAUAUAGCAUGAGCAGCAGUUCAAAAAGAUGCAGUGGCUGGCUGGUGUCUCACGUGUUAGCCUUCACCUUCCCCAGUUGGUAGCUGUCAUAUGAUAGGGAGAGCUGGCUAGUGGGUGGGAUAUGGUAAAUGAACAAACUGGGGAGAAAAUGAGGUCAAACGUACCAUAGAAAAAUAUAUGUCUUAAAACUGUUUGGAACCAAAGAAAGUCGUUCACUCAUCAUGCAUCACAGCAUGCAUAAGUCUGGCCUGAGGUGUAGUAAGUAAGAAAGUGUAGUACAACAGCUUGAUUGUAAUAAGGGUUCAACUAGAAAAGGAAAUUCUCCAAAGUGAAUGCUCAUCAAGUUAAACUUUACUUGAAUUUUUCCACUGUGCUAUCACUGUUAUCAAGCUUAGCUGACCAUGUGCAGAGACUUGAAAUAAAUCAAAAUAAACUGGAAUAAUGCAGUAAAUGCUGCAUAAUUACAUUUACAAUUAUUCAAAUGUUGUUAAGUCUGUGCCACCAAAACAAAACUGUUUACACUUUGUGAUCUACAUGUGAAGUAUAUAAUCAAAGUACAAAAAAUAUAGUCAAUCUGAAUAGCUAACACUAGUUAAGUGCUUGCGAGGUUACAGCAGACACUAUUUCUCCAUUUACACAUGCUUAAAUUUGCUUUAUUUUGUCCUAAUAUAUGUUGUCAUUAUAUACGAUCACCUUCCACAGGGAACACCUGUACACCUGUACAUUCAGUCAAGACCAGGCGAUGUUUUACCGAUCUUCACCUGUCCAGUUUCGCUGAGUCUGUGCCCACUGUAGCCUCAGAUUCCUGUUCUUGGUUGACAGGAGCAGAACCUGAUGCCAUCUUACGCUGUUGUAUCCCAUCUGCAUGAAGGUUUGACGUGUUGUGCAUUCUGAGAUGCUUUUCUGCUCACCACAGUUGUAAAGAGUGAUUGUCUGAGAUACUGUAGCCUUUCUGUCAGCUCAAACCAGUCAGGUUAUUCUCUUUUGACCUCUGUCUUCUGAUUUCGCAGAAUUGUCGCCCACUUGGUUUUUUUUGUUUGUUUGUUUUUUUGUUUGUCUCAUCAUUUGGUGUAAACUCUAGCAUGAAAAUUGCAGAAGCAGUUUCUAAAAUACUCAAACCAACAAUCAUGACAAGUCACUGAGAUAAAAUUUUAUCCUCAGUCUGAUUUUUGAUGUGAACAUUACCUGAAGCUCUUGACCUCCAUUGCGCUGCUGCCACAUGAUUGGUUAAUUGGAUAAUUGCGUCAAUGAGCAAGUGUACAGGUGUUCCUAAUAAAGUGGCCAGUGAAUGUAUGUUAGCUCUCAUUUUGUAAUACUGGAGUAUUAUCAAUAGGUUUUAUUGCACGUUUUCCUCAACAGUCAAGGGACUAUUCAUGGGGACCAAAAGUGAUAAAUGCUUGAAUGGCCACAAGGAGGCACUGUGCUAAAGUUUUUGUCAUUGGCUGUUGACUGUAUGCACUAAUAUUACCCAGUGUCCAUUUGGGCUUAUUAUUUACUUCUUAUUUGUACCUCAUUGUACGACUGUGCUACAUGUGCCCUUUGACCAGAGGGACAUUUAAAUUCACUAUGAACCACAAGUGUUUUGCAAAGAGUAAGAAUAAAGAAUAAGAAUAAGAAUAAAUGAUGACAGAAGUUGAGGA